AUGAAACCGGAGACAAUUUGCCCCAAUUUUCAUCUGCCAAGGGGAAAGCAAGAUAGAGAGGAUGUCAUCGGGGAGCCGGAUGAUGUGAACAGCAAGCAUGAAUAUCGACAGUCAGAACGUAUUCUUUUAACUUUAGGGCAAAAGUUCAUUCCAAGUAUGUUUGAGAGAAUCAAGGUGACAAAAGCUUUCAGAACAAGAGAAGCAUGGAGUAUUAUUAUGAAAGAAUGA